GGAAGUUCAAGCUGCAUGCGCUACAGGUUUUCUUCCCCCCCAUCCCCGCUCACCUCUCUGGAAAAACGUUCCCCCUUCGGUGGCGGUUGCCCGCUAUAAGGGAAAGCUUCACCGAGGGCCCAGAGGGAAGAGCGGAAGUGCACCUCACCGCUGGCCGGAAACGGAAGGGAAGGAAGGAAGGAAGGUGGCAUGUCGGGUGGUGGCGCGCUGGAGGAGGCGGUUUGAGGCAUUGAGACGGUACAGGCAGAGGGAAAGAGAGGGGCGCUUUCCGUGGGUUUUUAGGGGCGGCACCAUCGGGCUCUUUAAUCUCCUCAUACAAGGGACCCCACAGGGCCAUCUAGUCCAACCCGCUGCAAUGCAGGAAUCUCGGCUAGGCCACAGGUGGCCGACCCGGCCUCUGCUUAGAAACCUCCAAGGCAGGUUUUGUGCGAGAAGCACAAAAGGGGGUGGCAGUGGGGUGUCCCCUACUUGCAUCCACCCACAUACAUGCUCUUCCCACGCCUCCCCCCCCAUCUACUUGGCUCCUCUUCGUAAUAUUAUCCAGCUCCAAGGGAGAGGGAGGCCUUUGUGAGUCCCGCUUCAGCUUUGGGCUCGGUGUUUUCGGGGUGUGGGGGUGGAAGAGAGGUAAAUAGGGCGACUUAGUGAAAUUUUACAAGGUAUCCACACACACACGUGUACAUACUCUUCUCGCCGAGCCUAGUCGGUGUAGCCAAAUCCUGCCCUUGUAGCCCCCUAAAGCAUCAUUAUUAUUUAUUGAAUUUAUAUACAGUGGUACCUCAGGCUACAUACGCUUCAGAUUACAGACUCCGCUAAGCCAGAAAUAGUGCUUCAGGUUAAGAACUUUGCUUCAGGAUGAGAACAGAAAUCGUGCUCCGGCAGAGCUGCAGCAGCACGAGGCCCCAUUAGCUAAAGUGGUGCUUUAGGUUAAGAACAGUUUCAGGUUAAGUACGGACCUCUGGAAUGAAUUAAGUACUUAACCCGAGGUACCACUGUACCGCCCUAUACCCAGACAUCUCAGGGCAGUUCACAGCAAAGAUCAACAUAAAAACCACAAUAUAUAUAAUUAAAAUAAAAACAACAACCCAAUAACACCCGAAAGCAGUGCCCCAGCCCAGUUUUCUUUUACCCCCUUGCUGGUAUUUUAUUUUAUGCAGAGGGAGCUAGGCCAGGAAGGAUUUGGUAUCUGAGCUAAAAACUCGUGUGGGCGCACAUGCUGCCAAUAAAAAUAAAGUUAUGUACAAGCUUUUGAGGAGCAGCUUCAGCCAGUUAAUGCAUGUUUGUUUUGUUAACUUUCCAUCCUGCCUUUCCACCAAAUGGUGCUCAAUUUGGCUACCAGAAGUAAUGUAAAUUAGUAGGAUACAAUUUGUGGUGCUUUUGCCAACCCUGUAAACGAGGAUAGUGUUGAGUAGAAAUAGCUAGCGUUGUCCACUAAUUCUUUUUAAAAUUAAAUGUUGUAGUCUGAUAAGUCAGCUAUGAUCUUAAAUUUUAAAUAUGCUGUAUUUUGUUGUACAGAGCCCUCAUCAUUUAGUGGCGAUAGUGUUGGGACUUGGACUGAGGAGACCUGUCUUCCAAAACCUGCUCAGCCACAAAUCUGGCUGGGUAGGCUUGGGCCAGUCACUAUAUCUCAGGUACACCUGUCUCACAUUGUGAUUGCAAGGAUAAAAUCAGAUAACUCAAUGUAAGCUGCUUUCAGGGGUUUUGUUUUUAUAGAAAGUACGCUAAAUAAAUUCUUGGUUUUGUUUUUUCCAGGUCAUCUUGACUGAAAUUAAAAGAUGGAUAUCCGACCAAACCACACACUGUAUAUCAAUAAUGUUAAUGACAAAAUUAAAAAGGAAGGUAUGAAAAUAAAUUAUUCCUUAUUCUGAAUGCUUAGUCAAGAAACAGAAAGUUUUUGUAGGAAGUAUGCUGCUUCAUGCCAUCUCUUCACCACCAUGAGAGAGGAUUGGUCUUUGGUAAAUUUUUGUAACUCAGCUUUUCUGAAGAAUAUUGAUAAUACACAGAGAGGGGGGAAGAGCAUUCAAAUAUAAAUGAUUUGUUAGUCAUUUUCUCCAGAGUGGUAAAUUGUUAUCGAUGUCUUGAAAUACCUAAUGAUGGCACAGAAAUUUCCCAUGAAGGGAAUUGGCUGGGAGCAGUUAACAUUUCAGCAAACAAUGGGUAAGAGGUGAUGAUUGAAAGUAUCAUAUGUCUGGCAUGUUGCAUUGUCAGACUUUUCUGAUUUUAGAGUGAGAAACUUGGCUGGCUUCACUGCCCAAGUCAUGUGCUGUAUCUUGGAGUGAUUGCCGUAACCUUGAAGAUGCUGUGGUGUCUUAGAAGCAGAUACAAGUAUAAGUCUCCUUUUCUUCCUUCCCUUAACAGAACUGAAAAGAUCUCUGUAUGCACUGUUUUCUCAGUUUGGCCACGUAGUGGACAUUGUGGCACUAAAGACGAUGAAGAUGAGAGGACAGGCCUUUGUUAUAUUUAAAGAACUUGGCUCCUCCACCAAUGCCCUGAGACAAUUGCAAGGUUUUCCAUUUUAUGGUAAACCAAUGGUGAGCUUUAUAUUUUACUGCAAAACAUAAGACAACAAUGUGGCUGGCGAUCUUGUGGUUUCUCUGCCUAGAGCAAUAGGUAGUAUAUUUAAAGCUUUUGGUCUGUUCACUAGGCUCUUCAAACACUAAAGGGAGGAAUUCAGCACUCCACUAUGCUGAUCAUUCUCUCAGGGCAAGUGAUUUGGCUUGUCAGAUGGGAUGUUCCUCUCUCUUUCGCCUCUCUGCACUGUUCCUGAGCCUAUUUAAGGGGGCGGAGAGAGGGGAAGCUGCAUUGCACAAGUGUACGUCCUUCUUCAGGGCUUCUGCUGGCAGGCCUCUCGUACCUACGGGACCCUCGUACCUGCGGGACCGCCUCUCCUGGUAUGCCCCACGGAGGACCUUACGGCCCGCAAAUAAUAUUUUGGAGGUCCUGAGCCUCAAUGAGAUUACACUGGCCUCGACCAGGGCCAAGGCCUUUUUGGCCGUGGCCCCAGCCUGGUGGAACACCUUGUCACAAGAGACCAGGGCCCUGCGGGAUUUGACAUCUUUCCGCAGGGCCUGCAAGACGGAGAUGUUCCGCCAGGCCUUUGGUUGGGGUUCAGUCUGACUCCCCCUCCCCUUUCAUAAGAACUUGCAUGAAAGUGGCCUCCCAAUUUUUCUCACAAGCCCAUAUAAGUUCAGCACAAACAGUGAGCAUUUAAGGUCCCCAAUCCUAAUUUGCGGGUUGCCAUCUGAUUGGAUAUUAUUCUGAUCCUGAUCUGAUUUUAGGGUGUAUUUUAAUUGAUUUUUUGAUUUUAUGUUAAUGUGUUAUACAUCUGGUGUUAGCCGCUCUGAGCCCCGUUUUGGCCGGGGAGGGCGGGGUAUAAAUAACAAGCUAUGAUGAUGAUGAAAUUCUAUCCUGUCAGUUCAUAACAAGGCCCUUCAUUGGAAACUCGCCAUACCAACUAUAGGCAAACCUGUUGUCUUUCCAGUGCAGAUCAGAUCAAUGCUACAAUUCUAAAAGCACUUACUAGGGAGUAAAAUCAGUAAGACUUCUAAGUAAGCAUGUUCAGGUUUCUUCUGUAAAUAAGUUUCAGUUCCUCGUUAUAAGACUGCUAAUUUAAUGUAACUGUCAAAAGCUCUCUUUUGAUUAAAAUAUAGCCAGUGAAGUGUGUUAGGAACACCUUGAUCAACUCAUUCAAAAUAUAUUUAUGGAUAGCUUCUAAUCAACUUUGGAAAAUGUCCAAGAAUUGAACAGAAGUAAAUGUCUUAAGGGGACUGUUCUAAAAACAUGGCUAAAGACCUGAAUCUUCUGUAAGAAAAUCCUAUUUUUUAGUGUGUAUUUUUAAAAUCUUUAUGCAUUCCACGUUGAUACAAAUUCAUUGUGAAAACCAAGUAUUUUGUGGCUGUUCUUCCCUACCCUGGACAAUAUAUAAUGUUUUCUUUGGAGAUGCACCUUGUUUCUGGCUAGGGUGGCAUGUAAUGGCAUGGUGGUGCCAUGUCUGGCAGUGUGCCCAACAGGCUUGCAGCACUGUAUGUAACUCAUGCUCUGGGUUGGACUCCAGGUGCCAAUACAUGACACUGCCUUAGCUUUUCAAACAGUUCAUUAGCUGGAUACUCUGUGACGUUCAACCCACUCCCCUUUAUUCCUUGUCUGUUCCAAAAUAUCAGGCUCAAAUUCACAGCUUUGAUGCUUAAUGCAGCAUUCUAAUUUCAACAGCGCAUCCAGUAUGCAAAAACAGAUUCCGAUGUGAUUUCUAAAAUGCGUGGUACGUUUGCUGAUAAAGAGAAGAGGAAAGAGAAGAAGAAGAUCAAGUCCUUGGAACAGUCUGCUAAUGCUGCAAAGAAGCCAAAUCAGGUAAGUGAGUUUGUCCAGAUCUCAUUGCCCUUGGUCAAAGAAUAAGCCUCUUUCUUUAACAUUUGCCUAUAACAUUAACAAAUGGUAGGGUACAUGUGUUGGGAGACAUGUAGAACAGAACUAUGCGUUAUGUAAGCUGAGUUAAGCCUCGGUUUCAAAACAAUACACGUAAAAACCAACAGUUGCUUAACCUGAGAGUAAGAUCAGCUGGACUUGCUUCUGAGGAAGCAGAAAUAUGAUUGUGAAAUUGAGCCUGACAGUUGUUGGUUUUUUAACUAGCUUUAUGCGGUUAGCAGUUAACAAAAAAUGUACUUUUCCCUAGCAAAAUGACUGAUCCCCUUUGAGCUAAGAAUAUUUUACCUACCAGGUGAUAUUGCUGCCACAUGUAGAAUAAAAAAAUCUCCCAGAUUUGUUCUGCUUGGGUAUCAUGGGCGCUGUUAUUGUGAGAAGAAAAUUAUUUGAGGAAUCCAGGACUUUUGUUUACUUUGCAGAGCUGUUUGGAUUUGUUUGUCUUUGAGCAUUUUAUAUUUCCUUCCAGCUAUCCUGUCCAUCUUUUUUUUUGCAAAAAAAACAAGACUGUGGAGUUGUUGGGAGGGAAUAGGAGGGCAAAGUCACUUGUAUAUGCUGGUGAAUAAGGAGGCAGCUGUGUGUGUGUGUGUGUGUGUGUGUGUGUGUGUGUGUUUGCUACUAGCAACUGUUGGCAAAACCACAAGUGGCAAGGCUCCCUCGUCCAGUAAAGCAAGAUGUGCGCUGCAAUCCCAGAGUCAUCCGUGACUGGACUUAACAGUCAGGGGUCCCUUUACCUUUAACUCUUAAAAACAUAAGCCCAUGUAAGUAUUUUUUUCUAUUUAAAAAAUGAGCCUCUAGCAACUCUGUAGGGUAAAUUAUAAUAUACGUGGGUUUUUAAUACUGACUUCAGGUCUUGAAGCAUAAUUUAAAAACAAAAAAUCUGUUUAUUUCUCAAUAGGGAGCAAACCAGAAUUCAGCAAAUUCCCAAGCAAACUCGCAGAAUCAACAGGUAAUCCUUAACAUCCUUUGCAUUGGAAGUACACCAAUUUCAGAUCACCACGUUGGUCUUUUUAGAGCUACAUAUUUUGUAUACAGAUACAUGCAUUUUGGAAGCAACAUGCUUUAUUCAUAUAUGACCAGCUUCUGUAAAUGAUUAAUUAGCAGACUGUAAGUGUUAUCCGCUAGUAUUUGCUUAGAGGGACUGUACCUCCAUUUAUUGUUGUAGAAAAAGCAAACAGUGUCCAAAAUCUGUAAUUUAAUCCUAUCAUUCUAAUUGUGCCAAGUCCUUAUUAGGAUAACAGAGAUGAUAGCACACCACAAACUGAAUACUUGGUAUGUGAGGGUUUUGUUUUUAAUGGUACUACUGGGCUGACAGCUGUUGAAUGCCUGAAGUGCCAACUACCUGGACCUUUUGCAGGAGAGAUGUUGUGGAGUAUACUAUCUAGCCGUAUUCUUAACUGAAAAUGCUCAGAAUAGCUGCCUGAUUGUAUUAGACUCCUUAGCUAACCUUAAAACCUGUGAAGUGCAGAAACAAACAAACAACUUGAAGCUGUUUAUGUCCACCCCAAUUCUCUUCUUAUGUCAAAUGAAGAAUUGGCAGCUUCUUGGGUUAACGUCAAUGAGUUAUGCCAAAAUAGCUACUGUUAACAUUUAUAAAUAUUAAAGCAAAUGUGGUUUUGGCGUACCAUAGCACAUUAUUUGCUGCUUCCUUUACAGGUGCCUGAUAAUCCACCGAACUAUAUACUUUUCCUCAACAACUUGCCAGAAGAGACCAAUGAAAUGAUGUUGUCAAUGCUGUUCAAUCAGUAAGUUCAUCUAGAUACAUAGAUAUAUAUAGUUCUACAAUCCUUUACACCUGCAUUUGAGACUCAGCAAAAUUAGUGGGAAUUUUUGUAGUAAACUGCACAGGAUUGGGCUCUUAAGAGUUUCAUCUUCUGUAGAAACUUUCAAGAACCCAGUGGUGAGAUACGUGGUCUUCUAACCUUCUGUCAUUUGCAAUAGAUUCCACCAUUUGAACUCAAAGAAUGAUGUCUGUUUCUAUGCAACUAUGUUUUGCAGUUUGGAUGGGCUGAGAUAAUGGAGCCUUCAGUGCAGGCUGUGGAGGGCUAUAGAGAUCCAAGACUCUUUAGAAACACACCUCCUUCUUUCAAGCUGCCAUUUAUAUGCACUCAUAGAACAAAAAUUCAUUGUUAUUGUCAGAUGUGACUUAAGAAUUUGCCUCUUUGGUUAUGUUCAAGCUGAAUGAAUUCAGUUUUUUGGCCUCUGGUGGCAAAGACAUUUCAAAUAACAAAGAAGUGGCUGUUCAUGCAACUUUCUCCUUCCUAAACAUUUCAUGCUGCCUCUUGGAUUAGCUGCUGAUUUAAAUUUACAUUUAUGAGUAAGAAAGGCAGAACAGUCAAUGGAUUUCUAAAAAUAAAACUGGGAUGCUGGUAAUGAGCCAUGUUUGAGGGACAAGGAAAGACAAUAUCAAACAUGGAUUUUAACCUGUCUCGGAUUUAGUGCAGGAUGUCUGUGUUUAUAGUCUGACUCGACAUAAGUUUUAGAAACAGUAGCCAUGCAAACUGUGAAAUACGUUGCAUUUAAGGUAUAGAAAUAUUUGGCAAAACAUAAAUACCCAUACAUUGUAUACUUGGGUAAGUGUACAUCAUGUGACUUCUAAGUUAGUCAUUCUAGUAAAUUAUGCUUUGUCAAAGCUGGAUAGAGAUUGUGUUGAAUUAGCUCUGUAGGAGAAGGUUUGGAAACAGAAGAACAAAUCCAUUCUGGGAAUUGUAUUUGUUGAAUGGAAAUUAACUGAAAAAUAGUUUGGCACAAAGUGGCCUUCAUAAAAUGAAAAACAUUGUCUGAAGUCUGUAAUGCCUGCAUUUCAGCUGCUCUGUUUUUCCAUUGUGUUACAAGUAUGUUCCUGGCAUCUUUGGUAUGUUUUACUUGGCAAAUUCAGCCUAUGGCUUUCAGCUUUAUUUUCAACGGUGAAUUUCAAUUUUAUAAACUUUUGUUGGUUGAAGAAUAAGAACAGCCUGUAACCUGCAAAAUCAAAGCAUGUCAUCUUGUUUAAAUUUUUAUCUCUUAAGGUUCCCUGGUUUCAAAGAAGUGCGCCUGGUGCCCGGGAGACACGACAUCGCAUUUGUGGAGUUUGAAAAUGAUGGGCAGGCUGGAGCUGCUCGCGAUGCCCUCCAAGGAUUUAAAAUUACCCCUUCGCAUGCAAUGAAAAUCACUUAUGCCAAGAAGUGAUGGAAGGAAACUAGGAUCCCUGAAGGACUUGCUCAGUUUGGUUUUUCUUUCCCCCUACAUGCUGUAGGGUAAUUUGGAUUGACUGAAGUGUGGUUCCUUGAAUUUAAGGAAAACAUCUGGUAUGGCAUUGUUGGGAGUUAGUCAGUACAAGUAUGUAAGGAUUCUAAACACAUUCAAGGAAUGCCAGCUGAAAAGCUGGAAGCUGUAAAAUUUGGUUGUUGUACAUAAGUCCGUUUUGUAUACUGUGACUAGAGGGGCUCCUUCACAGUAAAGUUACCUGUUCAGAAAUAAAGGUGCAUUUUCUCUCUUGAAACAGUAA